AUUGGAAAUAUGUCAAGUAGUUCAUAGCUAACUUCCUUUUCCGUUGGAUUCUUCUAGCAGAAGUGGACGUGUCUAAAGUUUUAAGAUGGGUCGCCGACCAGCAAGAUGUUAUCGCUACUGCAAAAAUAAGCCGUACCCAAAGUCCAGAUUUUGUCGAGGUGUGCCAGACCCAAAAAUUCGUAUAUUCGAUUUGGGCAGAAAAAAGGCUUCAGUUGAGGAUUUUCCUUUGUGUGUUCAUUUAGUAUCAGAUGAAUAUGAGCAACUUAGUAGUGAGGCGUUGGAGGCUGGUCGCAUUUGCUGCAACAAGUAUUUAGUAAAAUACUGCGGUAAAGAUCAAUUCCACAUACGUAUGCGUCUACAUCCAUUCCACGUGAUUCGAAUUAAUAAAAUGUUGUCAUGUGCUGGAGCGGAUAGGCUUCAGACUGGAAUGCGUGGAGCGUUUGGUAAACCACAGGGAACAGUCGCUCGUGUUCACAUCGGCCAGCCAAUAAUGUCGGUUCGCUCCAGUGAUCGUUAUAAGGCUCAAGUUGUUGAGGCCCUACGUCGUGCCAAGUUUAAGUUUCCAGGACGUCAAAAGGUUUACGUAUAAAACGAUC